AUGACGCCUUUUUGGAACGAGCUUCACCGCUGGUCCGCCCGCCCCGGCUUCUUCGAUGACGUCGUCCGCCACGUCAGCACGGCCCGGUCCCCGCUCACGCUGUUCGAUUCCGGGGGGGUCGCCGAACCGGAACCGGAAGCGGUCAAGGGCCAGGGGCGGCGUUUGGUGGGCCUGCUUCGUCGGGGGAUACGAGAGUUGAGCAGCGAAGGAACGGAUUGGCAAAAGAGUGGCGGGAAGCGUGUUGGAGCGACACUGUGUUCUUCCGCCAGGUACAGUCGGAGCUCGCCAAAGUUUCCGGUUCGUGGCGCUUCCCCGAACCAGCGACGCUGGCUGGAGAAAUCUCUCGCCCCCCUACGGGGGAGCGAAGCAGAACCGACGAGAACGGGGGCCACCAACCAGCCCACGAAUCCCCCGCUGGAAAAGAUGUGGGGCCAGCGGUGA